UCCAGAAUUGAGCGCAAGAGCGCCUUCAGAAUGGAGGCCGGACCUCCGUUUUGAAGGUUUUUGACCCUCUGGGCUGCCGCCAGUCGUCCUGGCCCAGCCGCGGGCGCCAUGCGCGCGAGGGUGGCGCUGCGGCCGCGGCGCGUCCUUUCGCGGGCGCUCUCCGCGAGGGCGCCAUGGCCACGACCUCGCACCCGGCCGCGCCCGGGGCCCCCGCCGAGCCAGCCGUGGAGGGCCUGCUGGCGGAACUCAAGGCCGCGAGCCCCGCGGCCUGGAUGGCCGUCACCAACGCGCGGGGGGAGCUCGCCGCGAGGGCGCUGCGCAGGUGGUGCCUGCAGCAGCACGUCGCCGCGCUCGGUGGCGAGGGCGAGCUGCGCGGGGCGUUCCGGCAGCUGUGCGGCGAGGAGGGGUGCCGUGGGGCGCUGUCGCUGGAGGCGUGGCUGGCCUGGCCCUGGCUGGGCGAGCGGCUGGGGCCGCCGGGGACGGAGGCGCUGCUGACGCCCGAGGCGGCCCGCGGCAUCUGGGCGCGUGUGGUGGCGACAGGGGACGGCCAGGCGAGCGGCCUGGCGGGCGAGGAGCAGUUCGUGGAGCUCGCGCGGGCGGUCGAGCGCGAGAGCGCGCGGGCCACGGCGAUACAGAGCGCCCUGCGCGGCCUGGCGGGUCGGCGGCGCGCGGGCAGGGCGCAGAGCGCGAGCGAGGAGGUGGCGGAUCGGAUACCGGAGGCGCCCGUGCUGGCGCCUUUCAACCCCACGCCGGACUGCGCCGUGGCGCAGGCGCUGGACGCUCUCGCAGCUGGGCCAGGGGACGUCGUCUUCGACCUGGGCUGCGGUGACGGCAGGCUGCUGCUGGCGGCCGCGCGGCGCGGCGCGACAGGCGUGGGCGUAGAGUACGACCGCCGCUUCGUCGACCGCGCGCGCGGCGCGCUGGCCAGCGCGGGCCUCGCGGAGGCGGUGCGGGUGAUCCACGCGGACGCCUGCAGCGUGGACUGACCUGUCCAGAGCCACGAAGAUCUUCGUCUACCUGGUGCCCUCAGGGCUGCGCCAGGUGGCCCCGGCGCUUCGGGCUGCCCUGGACACCGGGGGCGUGCCAGUUGCAAGCUACACCUUCUCGCUGCCAGACCUGGAGGCGGCUCAGGUGCUGACGGCUGCGACCCGAGCCCCCGAGUGCAAGGUGUGGGUGUACCGGCCGGCGCCAGCGGAAGAAAACGUCGCCGCCCCUCCCCGGCGGGCGGCCGCCCGGGGCCUCUGUUCUCGUCCUUUCUCCGUCCUCCUCCUCCUCAUCC